UUUAACGUCUCCUCCAUUCUCAUAUUCUCAUCUCCUUCCCCUUCCCCUUCCCCUUCCCCUCUCCAAACCCUCGCGAGCCCCAAAAAAGAAGGUGUUCGUGCUCGAUCUUAUCCAAUCCCCCCUCUCCUCGCUAUUAAUACCCAAUCGACGGAUCCUCCCUUUACCCAAUUCUCCCUUACUCGUCGAUCCCUUGUCGCUCGAUCGUUGAUACCCGAUUCCUCUUUUUCUUCGAUCUCGUUUUUGUUGCGCUUCGAAAGAUCGAGCCUUUGGUUUGAUUACAAUUGGUCGCGAUGAACGCUUUAGCUGCUACAAGCCGCAAUUUUAGGCAAGCGUCGCGGCUCCUCGGCCUCGAUUCGAAGCUCGAGAAGAGCCUCUUGAUCCCCUUCCGUGAGAUUAAGGUGGAAUGUACUAUACCCAAAGAUGAUGGUACUUUGGCUUCUUAUGUGGGUUUUAGGGUUCAACAUGACAAUGCCCGUGGGCCUAUGAAAGGAGGGAUUCGAUAUCACCCCGAAGUGGACAAUGAUGAAGUAAAUGCUCUGGCUCAACUGAUGACCUGGAAGACAGCUGUCGCGAAUAUACCGUACGGUGGUGCGAAGGGCGGGAUUGGAUGCUCACCUGGAGAAUUGAGUAACAGUGAGUUGGAGCGCCUGACACGUGUCUUCACCCAGAAAAUUCACGACCUUAUUGGAACUCACACAGAUGUUCCGGCCCCCGACAUGGGAACUAACGCACAAACUAUGGCAUGGAUAUUAGAUGAAUACUCAAAGUUCCACGGCCACUCACCAGCUAUUGUCACCGGAAAACCCAUCGAUCUUGGUGGAUCAUUAGGUAGAGAUGCCGCCACUGGACGAGGUGUUGUAUUUGCGACAGAGGCUCUAUUGGCUGAACAUGGGAAGUCUAUAUCAGGGUCAACCUUCAUAAUCCAGGGUUUCGGUAAUGUUGGUGCAUGGGCUGCACAAAUUCUUCAUGAGAGAGGUGGUAAGAUCAUUGCAGUCGGCGACGUAACUGGCGCGAUUAAAAAUAAAAACGGGAUAGAUAUACCUGCUUUAAUUAAGCACAAAAAUGAAGGCAGUGCCUUGAAAGAUUUCAAAGGUGCUGAUACCAUGGAAACAAAAGAGCUACUCGUGCAUGAAUGUGAUGUUUUACUUCCUUGCGCCUUGGGUGGUGUCCUGAACGGGGCAAAUGCUAGCGAUGUGAAGGCCAAAUACAUCAUCGAAGCGGCUAAUCAUCCUACUGAUCCAGAAGCUGACGAGAUUCUGUCUAAGAAGGGAGUGAUCAUACUUCCCGACAUAUAUGCAAAUGCUGGGGGAGUGGUUGUGAGCUACUUUGAGUGGGUUCAGAACAUUCAAGGGUUCAUGUGGGAUGAAGAUAAGGUGAACAUGGAGCUUAAAAAGUACAUGAAUAGUGCUUUCAACAACAUCAAGGAGAUGUGCAGGUCCCAAAACUGCAACCUCAGGAUGGGCGCGUUCACAUUAGGACUGAGCCGCGUUGCUCGCGCCACUCUCUUGAGGGGUUGGGAAGCAUGAGAAGGAUCUAAUUUUGUCGAGUGCAAAUGUUUAUUCUCGCAUUCUUGUCUGUUUCCGAGAAAAAAAACUAUACAAGAAGUGAGCUUAAAACUUCACAGAUAUUCAAUGUGGAGAAGCAUGGAAAUAAUAAAUCAGUUUGCUGGUCAAACCGAGUGGGUGUUCUCUGCUUCUGUUUCUUUCUCUUGUGGGCAAUAGGAAGAGUUAUGUAUUCAACUUGGAAAUUUAUAAAUUCUGAUGUUUCAUGAAGCGUAAAA